CAUUGAUGUUAUUUGGAUGUCCACCCAAGUAUGUCGAGAUUACCUCUCGGGGUCUUGUCGAUUUGGCAACAGUUGUCGAUAUUAUCAUCCACCUCGAAGUGGCCAAGGGGGAAGAAACGUUAGUUCAGCAAAUUCUGUACCUCUUGGUCGAAGAGCCAGCUCUGAGGAACCAACGUAUCAGUUCAAUGAGGACACGCUAAAAGCCGAUCUGAAAACGGAACUGCCAACAUGGAUUUUAUCAUCCUACGGAGCGGCAAAGUACGAACCGAAUUUGUUCGCUGGGAUGGAUAUGAGUCAAGAGGAGAUGAGAUGGAAAUGCGUUCAAGCUGUCAAAAGAGGUACUCCUCAAGAAUACUUUAAAGAAGAAGCAGACCUACUGAAUCAGGCUAGAAAGACGAUAGAUCAAGCCACCUCCAACCUUCGCAAAACGCGUGAACUGGCUGAGAAGUUACACGACGCUCGAUAUCCUUCUGGAACAAAAGUGGGUGGUAAUCGUCCCACCGAAUUUUCCGAAUCUACCGUUCUGGCCAAAAUCUCAGGAACUCCCACCGGUGGAUUCAACCCACCCACCAUCCCCAACGCGUUCAAUCGUCCUUCUACGACAGCUUUCGGAUCUUCGACACCUUCGGCUUUUGGACCCACCGCUCCCGCAGCUCCUAAGGCGUUCGGGACUUCGGGAAGUACGUUCGGCACAUCUUCCUUUGGUCAACCAGCAUUCGGUACCUCUUCUUCUCCGUCUUCAGCCUUUGUCGCUUCUCCCGCUCCCACUACUUCAGCCUUCGGUCCUUCUUCAGGUGGAUCCGCUUUUGGUACGUCCGCCUUUGGUGCAAAGACAACUACUUCGGCUUUCGGAUCCACUACCAACUCGACACAACCAUCUACAUCUGGAUUUGGUUCGUUUAAUACAUCCACCACUGCUUUUGGUGCACCUCAAACAACUACAAUGACACCAUUCAGUUCGAACCCUUCUUCAAACCCCACCAUCACCUCCACUGCACCUGCGUUCGGCACCUCAGCUUUUGGCAAACCUGCAAAUCUGUCAAAUAAUGCCUCUCCAGCCUUUGGUAGCUCCGGUUUCGGUUCUUCCACACCUUCCGCUGGCUCGGCAUUUGGUCAGCCAGCUUUUGGAUCAAGUAGUUCUCCAGCCUCAGGAGGUUUUGGUGCAUUUGGGAAAACGACAACGACUCCCACUGCAUCUGCUUUCAGCGCUUUCUCAUCUCCUUCCACCUCUACCGCGACCCAGCCAUCGUCAGCUUUUGGAACUUCGGCAUUCGGUCAAGUCAAACAAUCUGCUUUCGGCUCGACUACUUCCAACGCAACAACCGCGACUUCCGCCUUCACACCCAAUCCUUUCUCCGCAACCACCACCUCAGCAUUUUCCACGCCUCCUUCUUCGAACCCUUUUACCAAGACCACACCAAAUCCAUUCGCGCCAAGAACCUCUUCCUCAACACCUGCUUUCAGUGCGGAUGUCAAGAUACCCCCCGGAUGGUCAUAUGACGAUCCUUGGAGUUGGACGUUGGAGUCUCUGGAAAUUGACGAAGAAGGGAAGGGAGGGGAAGAGGAUGAAAUGUGGAAGCUUCCAGAGUGGGAUUCAUUCGAUCAGAUCCCUGUGAACCCUCCCCCUAGAGGUGUGAGAACAUAA